AUAUUUAGACAUAUUAAGUAGAUUUUCAUAAUACCCACUUGACAAGCUUGAAAUUCUAUCAGAUUACUUUUGGAGCAGUUAUGAGUCUUUGAAGCAUGCUCACAAAGGUUUUUUUGUUGAUAUCAUUUUCAUAUUGGUCAAAACUUUUUUUUGCUUCGGCCAGCUUUGGAUGAGAUGUUAUCAAAGAAUUGAUAAAAAACAACACAGAAGUUUACUUUCUAGCUCAACUAGCCCCAAGCAUCAUGUCAGGCAUUGUCAUUACUAAAAACCAAUAAAUGUCUUCUAAUCUGAGAAACAAUUUCGACAUUUUAACAAAAUAUUUUACUAAUGAUACUGACAAUCCACCACAAAGUAAUAUAAAUAGAACCAUACAAAUAGUGAGCAAAUACAUAUAGAAAAGAUGUGGUAUGAUUGCCAAUGAGACAAUUCUUCACAACAGACCAAAAUGACACAGAAAUUAACAACUACGGGUCAACGUACAGCCUUCAACAAUGAGCAAAGCCCAUAACACAUAGUCAUUUAUGUUAUUUAUGUACACAAAAUAAACGAAAAACAAAUAUUAUGUAACACAUAGACAAACAACAACCACUGAAUUACAGCCUCCUGAUAUCAUGUUCUCGGAUAUCAUCUCCCAUUUAAAAAAAAAUCAGAUGAAAAAAAUGAACCUAUUAUGUGUUGCGCUCCUAGCUACAAAAUGUAUCCAAAAUCAAAGAUGUGGAAAAUAUUCUAUCAUAAUCAUUUGGUAAUUAAUGCAAUUAGUGUCUCUUCCAUGCCCGUCUUGAACAUAAAAUCUAAAUAUUAAAUAAAUAACACUCCUCAUGCUCAGGUUGGUUGUCAUCGUGCAAAACAGUUAAUAACAACAUAUAGGACAAACAUAGAACUCCUUUUGUCAUAUAAAACACUGUCAAACAUCCAAACAUACUAUCCACAUUCAUCUGUGUCCACACUUGUAAUAUUAAUAAUAUAUCUAAUUUUUAAUCUUGUAAUUAUUUACUACUGCUGAAAUUAAAUGCAUUCUUAAACAUUUAAAAUUUUUGAAUUCCUCUUUUUCUUUACGCCUACACUUAGGACAGCGGUUAGGACAUCCUAGCUAUAAGACAGUCCUAAGAUAGCUUCGAUGUGCAUGCUGAGACAUGUCAUAAGUCGGUCCUAACAUUGUCAGGCUAAUUUAUUCCUAAGAGAGGUCUUAGGACAAAUCUUAGGACAGCCUCGAUAAACAGGCCCCAGAUGCCUAUUAUUUUUGCUGAUUAUCUAAAUUUUGAAGACGCUCGAACUUUCAAAAGUUAAUGUUUUAUUUUAACAUAAAUCCAAAAAUUUCGAUAACUUUCUAUUGAAAAACUGCAAUAUUUCCUGUAUGAUAUAUCGUGAUUAAUUUCCUCUUUUUUAAUAUCCUCGAUCAGUUUUGUCAAUUGUUUUUUCCUAAUUACAAUGUGUAUGCACGAUGUGACAUUUUUAUCACAAGAUACAAUAGUAUCAAGGCUCUGGAUAAUAUGUGAUUAAUUAAAUUAUCAAGAAGAACAUUGAACCUGUGACUCCAACACGAGUUGUGCAAAUAUCUAUAUUUAAAGCAUUAUGCGGAAGUUUGAUUACCCUGAUAAUCAAAGUGUACAUUCACAUUAAGAUGUCGGAAACUGAUCGACUAUUGGGUCCAGGCACAAGUGGCUAUCAAGGCGGGCAAGCAGCUCCCUACCCACCUGCGGGAGGAUAUCAAGGUCCUCAGCCGGGAGGGUCUAACCAGGGUGGUCCAACAGGAGCUUAUCCGGGAGGGUAUUCGGCCGGUCAACAAGCGGGCGGAUAUCCUGGAGGCCAACCAGCAGGCGGAUAUCCUGGAGGCCAACCAGCAGGCGGAUAUCCUGGAGGCCAACCAGCAGGCGGAUAUCCGGGGGGACAACCAGCUAGUGCAUACCCUGGUACCCAGACUGCACCUAAUCAAGGAAGCGGAUAUAUAGCACCUCCUCAGGGGAUAACAGUUCCGCAGUAUACUGGUGCAAUUCCGGAAAAUGAGGCUCCUACAGAACAGCAAUCUGAACCAACAGCACCACCUCUGGAAAAGAUGGAUGCAAUUCCAGGAUAUCAAAAUAUUGGAUUCACUGAAUCAUUUCUUCCUCCACCACCAACUUAUCAAGAUGCAAUGAAAGGGCCACCCCCAGAAAGACAAAAUAUAUCUAAUGUACCAACAAUAACAGAACAAGAAGCAAGGGAUGCUUUGCUGGAAUUUGUAGCGGAUAACUGUUGCUAUGGGAAACGAGCCGCGGAAGAUUUAAAUUUCAACGACUUACAGUCAAGUAGUGCCUUUCACUACACUAUGGAAAGUUUCACCGAAUCAAGAUCGACUGAAUGGGCAUACGAACCUUAUAAUGGACAACCAAUCGAUGGUCCUAAUAACGGACCAGCGCCGGGUCCAUGGGAUAUACAGUCCAAACCAUCACAGCUCUUCAAAAACGAAACAAGAAGGAUAGAGGUCCCACAUACAGCAUCGAUAAAGCCCUGUCAUCAUUGUUUUGCAUCAGGGUUUAUUCGAUGUCACAAAUGUCAAGGUCGAGGAAGGACUCGAUGCUUUACGUGUAAUGGUUCCGGUUUAAGAAUGGGUCAUAAUCAUCAUCACCAUGACCACCACCAUCAUGGUCACCAUGACAACCAUCAUCACCACCAUCAUGGUUUUGAAGAUGAUAAUAGGUGUACUUGGUGUCAUGGAAGUGGAUUUCGGGACUGUGGCACAUGCCACACAAGAGGAAUGGUUGUAUGUCCCCUGUGUAGAGGUUAUCAUCAGCUGAAGUGUUACAUCUGUCUCACAAUUAAAUGGCAUACAGAGGAGGACCACCAUAUUGUGGAGAAAACAGCAUUGCCAGACCAUCUUAUAAAGCAAGCACAAGGACAAGUAGCAUUUGAGGAAUCAAUGCCAAGGGUUUAUCCAAUAACACAAUUCCAAGAAAGUGAAUUGAAUCAAGCCUCAGCAACACUGGUAGCAAAACAUCAAUUCCCAAGUAAAGCUAUUUUAAUGCAGAGACAGAGAGUUCGAAUUGUACCAGUAACUGUAUGUUUAUACAAAUGGAAAGACGCGGAUGCUGAUUUUAUAGUGUAUGGAUUUGAGAAGAAAGUGUAUGCGCCAAAUUAUCCCCAGAAAUGCUGCUGUGGAUGCUCUAUAAUAUAGAAACUGUUGUACACUAUAUCAGAAACAUAUAUCUUGUAUCAAUUUAAAAUACUGUAUUCAUUCUUUACAUAUAUAUAUAUAUUAUCAUUGUUUGUAAACUUCAUACAAAAGUAGAUUGUGCUAUAUAUCUUGUUUUCUACCUAUCUGUUUAUAGAAAUCAUCUGUGCCAUAGAAUGAGGACAUCUAUUAUAUAUUGAGACUUUUUACUGGAAUGAAAUUGUAAUGUGGACUUGAUUUUUUUUUAAUAUGAAAUACUAAGGUAAAAAUAACCAUACAGCUUAUAAUUAAUGUUAUUGAAUAAAAUAUUUAUGAAUAUA